GAUGAGGUUGGCUGCGCAAUGUGCGGAAGCGGCGUGGUGAAUGUCGCCGUGCGCGAGAAGGCGCGCAGCCGCCGUACGCAUGCGCGGGAUGGUUUCUCCGUGACUGGCGGGGCUGAGAAGGGACCCGUUAGCUGGAGCAGUGGCCCCGGGUUGGCUCGGCUCAGUCCGGCCUCGGACCUGCUAGGCCAUGUCUAAGCGGCUGCGGAGCAGCGAGGUGUGCGCCGACUGCAGCGCUCCGGACCCAUGCUGGGCAUCAAUAAACAGAGGCGUCCUGAUCUGUGAUGAAUGCUGCAGCGUCCAUCGAAGCCUGGGCCGGCACAUCUCCCAAGUCAGGCACCUGAAGCACACUCCGUGGCCUACGACCCUACUGCAGAUGGUGGAAACCUUGUACAAUAAUGGUGCUAACUCCAUCUGGGAACAUUCAUUACUGGAUCCUGCGUCCGUCAUGAGUGGAAGGCGCAAAGCAAACCCCCAGGACAAAGUUCACCCCAACAAAGCGGAAUUCAUUAGAGCGAAAUAUCAGAUGCUGGCCUUUGUUCAUCGCUUACCAUGUCGGGAUGAUGACAGCGUCACUGCUAAAGACCUUAGUAAGCAACUCCAUUCCAGCGUCAGGACUGGGAACCUGGAGACCUGUUUGCGUCUGCUCUCCCUGGGCGCCCAGGCCAACUUCUUCCACCCGGAGAAAGGGAACACCCCGCUUCACGUUGCAGCCAAGACGGGUCAGAUUUUACAAGCUGAGUUGUUGGCGGUGUACGGGGCUGAUCCUGGCACACAGGACUCCAGUGGGAAGACGCCCAUUGAUUAUGCAAAGCGAGGAGGGCAUCACGAGCUGGCAGAACGCCUCGCAGAAAUACAGUACGAGCUCACAGACAGGCUGGCAUUCUAUCUGUGUGGCAGAAAACCUGAUCACAAAAGCGGGCAGCAUUUUAUUAUACCUCAAAUGGCAGACAGCAGUUUAGAUUUGUCAGAGCUGGCCAAAGCAGCCAAGAGGAAGCUUCAGUCGCUGAGCAAUCACUUGUUUGAAGAGCUCGCCAUGGAUGUCUACGAUGAGGUGGACCGGCGGGAGACCGACGCAGUGUGGCUUGCCACUCAGAACCACAGCACGCUGGUCACCGAGACAACAGCUGUCCCUUUUCUGCCUGUCAAUCCAGAGUACUCCUCAACGAGGAACCAGGGAAGGCAAAAGCUGGCCCGGUUUAACGCCCACGAAUUUGCAACGCUCGUCAUAGACAUCCUCGCGGAUGCCAAGCGAAGGCAGCAAGGGAACCCCGUCCCAAGCUCCAGGGAAAAUGUGGAACUGAUCCUGAAGUCUAUCAACAGCCAACAUAGCACGGAGAGUCAAGAUCAUGACCAGCCUGACUAUGACAGCGUGGCCUCCGAUGAAGAGGUGGAUCUGGACACGACCUCUGUUAAGGCACCAAGGCAGAAGAGCCUGGAUUCAGACUUGUCAGAUGGACCCAUCACAGCCCAGGAGUAUCUACAGGUUAAAAAUGCCCUGGUGGCUUCGGAGAUGAAAAUCCAGCAGUUAAUGAAGGUGAACGUCAACUUGAGCGAUGAGCUGAGGAUCAUGCAGAAGAAGCUUCAUUCGCUACAGAGCGAAAACACAAGCCUCCGCAGGCAGGCCAUGACAAGCGCCUACCAGACUCCCACUGGCUCUGAAUACCCAGAGGCCAGCAGCCACUCUUCCUUGAUUUGGCGGCCCUCUGUGCGAAGCAGUCGGCCCAUGUCGAUGUAUGAGACUGGAUCGGCUCAGAAGCCCUACUUGCCGCUAGCUGAGGUCUCCUACCCUGAGGAGCACAUGACGUCACGGCUUCAACCAUUCCCUCCCCACGCGGCCAAACUGGAAAAGCAGAGCAGCGUGCCUGAGGGUGAUUAUGACAAUGCCGUCCCUGCGCUGGAGCUGGAUGAGACGGGGAUCAGCAGGAAGGCUAAGCAGCGAAGUGCCUUCCGACAGGGAGAAGGACCCCUCCCCGAGAGCAAGGACUCUGACACCCUCCCCAGUGCCAGCCUGCCCAGCACAGAGGAUGUAAUUCGGAAAACAGAGCAGAUCACCAAGAACAUUCAGGAACUUCUGCGGGCAGCUCAGGAGAACAAGCACGACAGCUACAUACCGUGCUCAGAAAGGAUCCAUGUGGCAGUGACUGAGAUGGCUGCACUCUUUCCCAAAAAGCCCAAGUCUGAGCUGGUGCGGACCUCUCUGCGGCUGCUGACCUCCAGUGCCUUCCGCCUGCACUCUGAGUGCACGAAGGCCCUUCCUCCGGAGUCCUGCCCCAUGGCUGACAUCCAGCUGGUCACCCAGCAGGUCAUCCAGUGCGCCUACGACAUUGCCAAAGCUGCCAAGCAGCUCGUCACCAUCACGACCAAGGAGAACACCAACUGAGGCAGGCGUCCUUCAAAGGGGUGCCUGGGAAGCUUAACACGUGUUGACAUUUUUGUGUUUUUUACAGGAAUAUUUAAGGUGGUGCAUUACCUUUUUUAAAAAAGGAAUCUCAGUAUUAAAAAAUUUUUGCAUGAAUUUUUUUCCUAAAAUCCCCCCCCCAGGAUUAAUGUCGCCCACUGCCUUAUUUUCUGCCUGUACUGCCAGUGUAGAGAGGGUGUGUGUGGGGAAUGUCUCUUGAGCCAAUCUUUGCAUCACCAGCUCUUAAAGGACUUUUUUCAUGUGUGUGUGUUGGGGGAGAGGGGGGGUCAUAUCCUGCAUUCUCAACACCAUUGAUGAACUGAAAUGCAAAUAUCUGGAUAUAGGGCACCUAUCCUGGUGCCUUGUGCGGUUGUUGGACACACCUGAACCACUAUGUAGCACAUACCACUAGCCUCUGAGGUAACAGUGAGUGGGGGAAAGGACACCCCACUCACCACAGGGAUCCCUGCCAGUCAGGUUGCAUGGCUUCCUGAGACACCCCCCCCCUUGUGCAAUAUCAAGUCAACAUGGGCUUGCUACAAAAUGGUAGGAAUAGCCACUCCAGUGGCCCCCCCCUUUGUAUUUUAUUGGCCAGGGACUCCCAAGUAGGAAGCAGACUCAAGCGUCUGUGGAUUCCCCUCUGGCACCACAGAUUUUCUGUGUCCUUUAGAAAGUGCUUGUUUGCUGGUGCGGUGGGAGGAGGGCCCUCCGUUAGUCAUGAAGGUGGAGUUGAACCCAACCUGGGGCUGGGGGACGGAAGUACUUGGCACUGCGAGUGUGUGUCGCUGAGAGCUGUGUGCAGUGUCUCACUUGGGCACUGGAGAACGAACGUGCUUGGGAGCAGCCGCUCCUGUGUUCAUCGAGGCUACAGGGCCGAGUUAUUUAAGAGGGAUGCCAAACCAGCCAUUGUCUUUCCCCUGCACAGUGCCUGAAGAAACCUCUGUUCUGCCCAUUUUGUUUCCAAGUGGUCCAGUGGAUGUUGUGGUGCGGGUACAAGGGGCCACAAGGAAACAGAGUGGCCCAACGGCAGUGAUCGAUGCAAACAGUGAAGAAUUGGUGGGCAGGGGUGAGUAGGGAAAGAACGUGUGCCCCGUUCCAAAAGCUGGAUGUGCCUGUUGCUGAAAGUCACUGUCAUUCCUACUAGGUCGGUGAUUUGGCUGGUGCUGUGUUGACAGAAGUGUAUUAAAAUGAUGGGCACAAAAGAGAGAGGCUCUCACACGAAAUACAGCGAGCUAAUUGUGCUUAAGCUCUGCUGUCAUUGCUCAGACUUGAGUUGUGACCGGUUUGUCUUGUUGAUUUCAGGGGAUGUUAAUGGGACUCUGUCUCCUGUGAGGCUGAGGUCUACUCCAGCAGUCUCGCCUCCUCCCUAUAUCCUAAACUGCUUGCCCAAGCAAAUCCUUUUUAGGCGCCACUGAAGUCCCUUAGAGCUUGUGACUGGAGGGGGUCUACCCUGGGGCUAGCUAACUGGGAAAAGGAAAGGGAAGGAAGUUCAGGGCGCAGGUCCAUGGCUUGUGUGCAUUGGGAAUUUCUCGGGUGGCCCCAUCAGUAGCAGGCAGGCUGUUUGACAAUCUCUGGCAGGGCUUCUUGCCAACAGUUGCUUUUGUCUGGCAAUUGCCAUAUGCCUUAAGCUUCAUCUUUGUGUGGCUGGGGCAUUGUGGUAUGUGCUUUGUUCACCACCUGCUCAUUCCAGUACAGCUUAUAACCCAUCUAGCUCCUCUUUAAGAGUUUGCCUCUGGCCAAAAUGUACACACAGAAAACAAGAGGGCCUUGGCUUUGGAGGUGCAUGGAGCCUGAGGCGAGGGGCAAACAGCUGGGAGCGAAGGAACAACUGCCUGGCAAGUCAUUUCUCCUGUCUUGCAGACUAGAGUGAAGCUGUCAUUCACUGCAGGGUGCUCUUUCUGCAUAGCCACUCAGUGGGGAGGAGAGGUUGAUUUGCCCACCCUCGCAGGGAGUGGGCAGGGUGGCACUCCAGGUAUGCUUGGUUGGGUGUGGAGCAUUUCCUGGGUUUAGAAGCAGCUGCCCAGCUUGAGGUUUGUUUGUGUGUGUGUGUGUUUUACCCUGUUGGUAUUUAUAUAUUAAAGAAACCAAACCAAGUGCCAUAAUAA